UUUCUCGGUGAGUUUUCCUGACAAACCUGGGAAGGCGACAGCCCAGCUGUGCUGCAUGCCAGCUUCCAGCUUUCCUUUGGGGCCAGGACGUGGCCCAAGUGCUUCCUGAGCACGGCCAUGCCCGGCACUGGCUUUUGGCCUCCCAGUCAGACCAGCAGCGUCCUGGCCGAGGUGCUACUCCAGCCAUGGGAGCAAGUGGCUCGCUCCGUCGGCGGGAGACGAGCGCAGCUAUUCCCAAGCCUGAACUGGGCAUUGCUGGAGGGGAGAGCCGUGCAGGGGGAGCGAUGGAGAGGUGCCUCUCCCAGCCCAUGGAGCCUGGUCUGGGUGCUCCCUGAAGCACUGAGGGGGAACGGGGCAGGGCUGCGGGGCACCGAGCACGCCUGGAGACCCCAGCCUGGUCCCCUCCACCCCUGGAACGGCCAGGAGACUGCACCUGCCGGGAUCGCUGGCCACCCCGCUCCGAUCAAUGCCUUUUGGUUCUAUUGCAGCUAUUCUUUUUGGCUGGACCUGGUGCACGUCAGGAACGCGGAGACAGACAGAGGUGCCACCACCGACACAGCAAUUAAUUAUGAGAUCUCUGGCUACGAGCAGAAUUGGAUGUCCAUGUUUUUCCAGACCUUCCGUGCUGCCCGCCGUGGUGAUCCUGAUGUGCAGGGUGAUGAUUCUCCAGGAUUCCACGUGCAUGUCCAAGGCCAUCAGGGCCAGGUGAUCAUCACCUGGCGAGGAGAUGGACAGACGCACCUCUCCAUGCACCUUGGCUCUAAAGACGCUUCUGUGCCUGUGACCAUUGACGCCUCCUGUGGAGACUGUGGAAGUUGGUGGAGGAAGUGUCGGGCAAGUCUCUGGCCCUGGUGAAAAGACCUCAAAGCCCAUGCAGUUCCAAUUCGCCUACCAUGGGCAAGGGCACCUCCCCCUGGAUCGGCUGGCCCUACCCAACCUGGAACACCUCCACGGAUGGGCAUUGCAUGGGAUUGGAACUGGAAAAUCUUGGAGUAUUACGGUGGGGGGAUAAACCGGGACACUGAAACAUUCCCUCAGAGCUCCUGAGAGAUGGGGCUGAGAGCCCAUCCCAUACCUCCAUCCACUGAUGAGCAACAGCAGACAAGGGGAGGUUGGGAGUGUUCGUUAGAGCUUGGCAUUCUUUGCCUUGAAGACCUUGGAAAUUGAUAACGAAGGAGCCAGCUAGCAGAAGUUUACUGAAAAGUGGGCAUUGGAAUGCAGAAAGCUGGAAAACAAACAGAAGAGACUGUGCUUGUGCACAUUUCAAAGAAAAAAACUUUUUUCAUCCUGUGGAAGACUUCUUACUUGAUCCCUAAGACCCCGGCCCAUGACCACCAGGAGGCACUACGCAGGUGCAAGACUGGAGCGACCUUUCCAGAACUAAAUCUAAUACGAAACGGCAAAGGUUAUGAAUA